AUGAAGAAAGAACUCAAGUAUAUUCUCUGGGGCCACUUGGCGGUCAUCCUCUACUUGGUCUACUGCACGUUCGACCUCAUCACCCUUCUCCACGACGACUCCUUCAGCGACGCCCUCCUCAACUUGGAGUUGAAUCCCGGCGACGGCACCCUCGACAGGCCCACCAUCAUCCCCAAAAUCAUUCAUCAGACCUACAAGAGCACCAAGAUCCCCGAGGAAUGGAAGCCUGGCCAACAGGCGUGCAUCGACCUCCACCCCGACUACACCUACAUCUUGUGGACCGACGACAAGGCCCGCUCGUUCAUCGAAAGAGAGUACCCGUGGUUCCUUAAAACCUGGGACUCGUACCCCUACCCCAUCCAGCGGGCAGACGCCAUCCGCUACUUUGCUCUUGUCCACUACGGAGGUGUUUACAUCGACUUGGACGACGGGUGCGAGAGGCGCUUGGACCCGUUGUUGACAGUUCCAGCAUUCGUCCGUAAGACCAUUCCCACCGGAAUCUCCAACGACGUCAUGGGCUCGGUCCCCAGACACCCGUUCUUCCUCAAGGUCAUCGAGUCGCUCUCCAGCUAUAAGAAGAACUGGUUGGUGCCGUACAUCACCAUCAUGUACUCCACGGGUCCCCUUUUCUUGUCGGUCAUCUGGAAACAGUACAAGCGCUGGGGAGUUCCCGAGGCCGGCAAGGUCCGUAUUCUCAUGCCUGAAGACUACAAGACCCAUUUGUACUCGUUCUUUGCCAUUGCUCCCGGGUCGUCCUGGCACUUGGACGAUGCCAAGUUCAUCAAGGGCCUCGCCAACCACAUUGUUCUUGCUGUCAUUGGCGGUUUCUUGAUUGCUGGGUUCAUUUUCUACUUAGAGUACUUGUUCUACUCGUACGUGUCGUCCAAACACUUCAAGAAAAUGACCAAGAAGGUCACCAACGGGAGCCUCUUCACCCUCAUCAAGUACAAGCUCAACAAGAACAUUAAGAGAAGAGCCAGAAAGGACUCCAACUUGCCGGUGGACUUCAACGUGCUCGAGAAGUUGAACGAAGAACACGAAGACCAUCAUUCCUCCAACCCAAACAACUCCAACGUCUACGAACAGAUUCCUCAGCAAACCUACACCGUAGAGAGCGGAUCUGGAGACGACGAAUUCUAUGAUGAAGAUGACACAUUCAUAGCCGGUGCUCCAGCAUUGAAAAACAACGACAACAUCGUCUAAUCGCAUAUGGGGUGGGUUCCGUUGUCCCCAUCAAAACUACGGCCCUCUUGUACAGUCAUUCGUUUCCUGCCCGGUUUCCAAGCCCAGACCCCGUUUAGACCACUCAUGUCGGGCUUGGUUGCGGCUCACAGACUCACUCCCACCACUAGUUAAUAUCAUCUUGUAUACGUUAAUUUACGAACUUCCCGUUAAGCCUCCAGUAUGGUCGAUAUGUACGAAUUACGAACUUAUUUAAUCUUAUCAUAUGAUGCAUUGAUUAUUAGCUGCCGGG